CUUUCCUCUUAUCCAUCAAAUGGCUUUAAUAUAUCUACGUACGCUAUAAUACAUAACUAGCUUAUAAAACUGAUAAUUUACCAUGGAAAUCUAAAAUCCCAUGAUCACUAUGUUCAUGUCUAUUAUAAAGAUUAUCUGAUGGAUACCAACUUGAAAAAUUGGAGAGGAUCAAGAAAAAGCCAUUUGCUUGUGAUUUUAGCUCUAUUUUUAUUUCAACACCAUCUUCAUAUUUUUGAAAUAUAUGUUCAGGCCACUAAGAAGGUGCAUAUUGUGUACAUGGGAGAGAAGUAUGAAGAUCCAGCAACUACCAAAAAGUUUCACCAUAAAAUGCUGUCAACCUUGUUAGGGAGCAAGGAAGCAGCAAAAAGUUCCAUUCUCUACAGCUAUAGACAUGGCUUUUCUGGAUUUGCAGCAAGGCUAUCAGAAUCUCAGGCAGUAAAAAUUGCAGACUUUCCUGGUGUCAUCCGAGUAAUUCCAAAUAGCAUUCACAAGCUCCACACAACUAGAAGCUGGGAAUUCAUUGGGCUCAAUCAUCAUUCCUCGAGAAAUCUAUUAACACAAAGCAACAUGGGUGAAGGAACUAUCAUUGGUGUCAUAGAUUCAGGAAUUUGGCCAGAGUCCAAAAGUUUUAAUGAUCAAGGGAUGAGGCCUGUCCCGUCUCAUUGGAAAGGAAUAUGUCAAGGGGGAGAACAUUUUAACUCAUCCAACUGCAAUAAAAAACUCAUUGGGGCUCGUUGGUUCAUAAAAGGAUUCAAGGAUGUGAUUAGUAAGCCUGUUAACACAACUAAUAGUAUGGAGUUUCUAUCACCCCGGGAUGGAAGUGGCCAUGGCACUCACACGGCUUCAACAGCAGCUGGCUACUUCGUAGAAAAAGCAAGCUAUAAGGGACUAGCUGCAGGUGUGGCCAGAGGAGGAGCACCUCUUGCUCACUUAGCAGUAUACAAGGUUUGUUGGGACAUUGAAGGUGGAGGAUGCUCUGAUGCUGAUAUUCUAAAAGCGUUUGAUAAAGCCAUACAGGACGGAGUGGAUGUACUAUCAAUCUCAAUUGGAAAUGAAAUUCCUUUAUUCUCUUAUGUAGAUCAGCGUGAUUCAAUUGCAAUUGGUUCCUUCCAUGCAAUAUCAAAUGGAAUCCCUGUGAUCUGCUCUGCAGGAAAUGAUGGUCCAAACUCACAAACAAUUGUGAACACUGCACCUUGGCUCAUCACUGUUGCAGCCACUACGAUUGACAGGGCUUUUUCAACAGCAAUUACUCUUGGAAAUAACAGAACACUACGGGGAAAAUCUAUUGAUGUAAGCAAACAUAGCCAUGGGUUUUUUGGCCUUACGUAUUCUGAACGCAUAGCUGUUGACCCCACAGUUGACUCUGCUAAGGAUUGUCAACUUGGAAGUCUGAAUGCAACAUUAGCAGCAGGGAAGAUCAUUCUGUGUUUCUCAAAAUCAGAUGCACAGGAUAUAGUUGCUGCAUCAAUAUCUGUGUUCAAAGCAGGAGGGAUAGCACUCAUAUUUGCACAAUAUCAAAAUGAUGGACUUAAACCCUGCAAAUUGAUUGCAUGUGUUAAAGUAGAUUACGAAAUGGGAACACAAAUACUUUCUUAUAUUAGAAAAGCAAGGUUUCCAAUUGCAAAGUUGAGUUUUCCCAAGACUGUAAUUGGCGAACAGGCAUCUCCACAAGUUGCACCAUUCUCAUCCAGAGGACCAAGUUCGAUUUCCCCAGCAGUGCUAAAGCCUGACAUAGCUGCCCCAGGCGUGGAUAUAUUAGCUGCAUAUGGACCGGCUGCGAAAAAUGAAAAUGACCACACCUAUGCUUUGCUAUCAGGCACAUCGAUGGCUUGUCCCCACGUAGCAGGAAUAGUGGCUCUCAUAAAAUCUAUACACCCGAACUGGUCUCCUGCAGCCAUACGAUCAGCUCUCGUCACCACAGCUUCCCAAACCGGUACGGAUGGAAUGAACAUAUAUGAGGAAGGCCCCACCCGCAAGCCAGCAGACCCAUUUGAUAUAGGUGGAGGACAAGUUAAUCCUGAGAAGGCAGUUGAUCCAGGGCUUGUUUAUGACAUUAGCACGGAAGACUAUGUUCAAUUCCUCUGCUCCAUGGGCUACAGCAGCUCAUCCAUUAGCAGCUUAACCAAGGCCGCCAUAAACUGCAAGCAAAACUACCACAUUAAGUUGAAUCUGAACCUCCCUUCUAUCACUAUCCCAAAUCUAAACAGAAAAUUAACGGUGUCGAGAAAGGUGACAAAUGUUGGAACCAUAAAUUCGGUGUAUAAAGCAAUAGCGCAGGCUCCAUUCGGCAUAAGGAUGACAAUAGAGCCACAAAUUUUAAGCUUCAACUCGACCACCAAAAGUGCUUCCUUUGAAAUUACCUUCUUUUCGACUCAAAAAGUGCAGGGAUAUUACAAAUUUGGGAGCUUGACAUGGACCGAUGGCAAGCAUUUCGUUAGGAGUCCAAUAGCAGUAAGGGAUAUUAAAUCAUAUGCAGAUGUAUGAAAUUGCGGAAAUAUUGAAUGCUAUGCAUUAUGCAAUAAAGAAAUUUUAGCGAAUUUGAUAA